UCCCUCGCGCCACGCCAUCCGUCUCCAGGGCAACCCCGCUCCUCCCAGCAACCGCGCAGCCCUGCUAUGGCGGCCGCGGGUCCCAGCGUCUUUCUGCUCAUGGUCAACGGGCAGGUGGAGAGCGCCCAGUUUCCUGAGUAUGACGAUCUCUACUGCAAGUACUGUUUCGUGUAUGGCCAGGACUGGGCCCCCACGGCGGGGCUGGAGGAGGGCAUCUCACAGAUCACAUCCAAGAGCCAGGAUGCGCGGCGUGUGCUAGUGUGGAACUUCCCCAUCGACGUCACCUUUAAGAGCACCAACCCCUACGGCUGGCCGCAGAUCGUGCUUAGCGUGUACGGGCCGGAUGUAUUCGGGAACGACGUGGUCCGAGGCUACGGGGCGGUGCACGUACCCUUCUCACCCGGACGGCACAAAAAGACCAUCCCCAUGUUUGUCCCAGAAUCUGUGUCUAAACUGCAAAAGUUUACCAGCUGGUUCAUGGGACGGCGGCCCGAGUACACAGACCCCAAGGUGGUGGCUCAGGGGGAAGGCCGGGAAGUGACCCGCGUCCGCUCCCAGGGCUUCGUCACUCUCCUCUUCAACGUGGUGACCAAGGACAUGAGGAAGCUGGGCUAUGACACCGGGCCUCCGGACACACAGGGGGUCUCGGGGCCCAGCACGCCCCAGGGCCUCCCCCGGUGAAGGCGUCGGCUCCUUGGGACGGCCCAGCGACCCACCUGCCUGACAUGCGUCGCGGGUGGCCGGUGUUUGUGUAAUAAAGUGUCACCUUUUCACAGA